GCCUCCCUCCCUGCCGCCGCCGCCGCCCCCGGCUUGAGGCGGCCUAGACCAUGAGCAAACUGUCCUUCCGAGCGCGGGCGCUGGACGCCGCCAAGCCGCUGCCCAUCUACCGCGGGCAGGACAUGCCCGACCUCAACGACUGCGUCUCCAUCAACCGGGCCGUGCCCCAGAUGCCCACCGGGAUGGAGAAGGAGGAGGAAUCGGAACACCAUUUACAACGAGCUAUUUCGGCCCAGCAAGUGUUUAGAGAAAAGAAAGAAAGUAUGGUGAUUCCGGUUCCCGAGGCCGAGAGCAACGUCGUCUAUUACAACCGCCUCUACAAAGGAGAGUUUAAGCAGCCGAAACAGUUCAUUCACAUUCAGCCAUUUAAUCUGGACAAUGAGCACCCAGAUUAUGAUAUGGACUCUGAAGAUGAGACAUUAUUAAAUAGACUCAACAGGAAGAUGGAAAUCAAGCCGCUACAGUUUGAAAUUAUGAUUGAUAGGCUCGAAAAGGCCAGUUCUAAUCAGCUGGUAACACUUCAGGAAGCAAAGCUGCUGCUGAAUGAGGAUGAUUACCUUAUUAAGGCCGUUUACGAUUACUGGGUGAGGAAGCGUAAAAACUGCCGAGGGCCGUCCCUCAUUCCUCAGAUCAAGCUGGAGAAAAGGGAUGGCUCGACCAACAACGACCCCUACGUCGCCUUUCGCAGGAGAACCGAGAAGAUGCAGACGCGGAAGAAUCGCAAGAAUGAUGAAGCCUCUUAUGAGAAGAUGCUAAAAUUAAGACGCGAAUUUAGCAGAGCCAUAACUAUUUUGGAAAUGAUUAAGAGAAGAGAGAAAACGAAAAGAGAGUUGUUGCACUUAACUUUAGAAGUUGUGGAAAAAAGAUACCAUUUGGGAGAUUAUGGUGGUGAAAUUCUUAAUGAAGUGAAAGUUAAUAGGCCAGAAAAAGAGGUAUACACCACUCCAGCAUCUCUUCAUAAUGGAAACCACCACAAAGCCCAAGAAUGUAAAACUAAGCACCCUCAUCACCCGUCUUUAAAAGAAGAGGUGUGUGAUGCUGCCCGUCAGAGGAAGAAGUACCCAAAGAAGCCCAAAGGCGAGACGUUAAUAGCUCCUCAGCAGCCCACUACUGAGCCGUUGCCGUUGCCGUUGCCGGUGAUUAACAAGAGCGACAUUAAACAGUAUGACUUCCACAGCUCAGACGAGGAGGAAUUCCCACAGGUACCUUCUCCGGUGUCAGAACCCGAAGAAGAAAACGAUCCUGAUGGUUCCUGUGCUUUUCGAAGAAGGGCAGGAUGCCAGUAUUACGCUCCUCGUUUGGACCCGACGAGCCUUCUGUACGAAAGCUCGGAACCGGUGGAUCCGGCCAAGUUGAGGUACAGGCACUGCCUCACCACCCUCACGGUCCCGAGAAGAUGCAUCGGGUUUGCGAGGCGGCGGAUCGGCCGAGGCGGAAGGGUCGUGAUGGACCGGAUAGCCACGGAACACGAUCCCGUCCUGCAGCAGCUCGACCCGGAGAUGCUGAACGGUUUUUCAAGCUCUUCCCAAACUGUAGACUUUCCUCCUCACCUCCCACGGACCAAUGCUUCCAGUAAACGGCACGAAAGCAGACUGUCCCUUUCCGAAAUCCUAAGCAAUAUCCGAUCGUGUCGACUACAGUGUUUCCAGCCGCGGCUGCUCGACGUCCCGGACAGCGAGAGUGAGGACUGUACCUCAAGGAAACCAGGGCAGACUGGGAACAAUCAAAGAGUUUCUGCAGCAUCUGUAGCUUUAUUGAACACCAGCAAGAACGGCAUAUCAGUGACAGGAGGGAUCACGGAAGAGCAGUUUCAGACCCAUCAACAGCAGUUAGUUCAGAUGCAAAGACAGCAACUGGCCCAGCUUCAGCAGAAGCAGCAGUCUCAGCAUUCCUCGCAACCGACCCAUCCGCAAGCACAGGGCUCCGGCACCUCUGACUGUCUGUCCAAAACGCUGGACUCCGCCAGCGCCCACUUUGCCGCCUCGGCCGUCGUCAGCGCGCCCGCCCCGAGCCGCAGCGAGGCGUCCAAGGAACAGAACGCUGCCCACGGGACCGUCAACGGGGUCGUCCAGCCUUCAGGGACCUCUAAAAGUGUGUACUCCACCAACCUGGCUUUAUCGUCCAGCCCAGGGAUUUCCACCGUCCAGCUGGUCAGGACCGUCGGCCACGCCGCCACGACCCACUUAAUCCCGGCGCUGUGCACAAGCGGCCCCCCGCCCCUCCCCGGGAGCGGCUCCUGCCUCCCCAGCGCGGUGCACCUCAACAGCGUCAGCGUCGUCUCCCCGCUCAACGUGCACAUCAGCACGAGGACUCCAGCUCCAUCGCCAACAGCCUUAAAACUCGCCACCGUGGCCGCCAGCCUGGACCGGGGGCCGAAGGUGACUCCUAGCAGUGCCAUCAGCAGCCUAGCCAGAGAGAACCACGAGCCAGAAAGACUGGGCCUGAAAGGACUAGCAGAGAACACAGUAGCUAUGGAAGUGACAUAACCUCAAACUACCGGCUCCAGUCUCUGCCGACGGUGCGGUCGUUUCUUUUCCAACCGAAUGCAAAAUAAAAAAAUAUAUAUAUAUAUAUAUAUGAUAAAAACAAAAAAACGCUCUGUGGAUCCCGGAGGACUCAGACGGACCCGAACAGACCGUCGCUCUUAAUCGAGUGCGCGAAUCGCUCCACAAGUGUACAUUUUGUAAAAUUGGGAAAAUCACUACCUUGUAAAAUAGUUUAUUUGUAUCAUCAAUAUUAUUUCUGUUACUUGAAUAGUAGAUAUUCAUCAUCAAGCUUUUGCACUUGAAUUUGCAACUGAAUGGAUUUUGAAAAGAAAAAAAAAGACUUCUUUAAAUGGGAUCGUGAGCAUGAAAUGAGAUCCCGCGUCACUUGUUUUCACUAUUUAUUUUGCCAUGUUUACAUUUUGUAUCUUGUACAAAUAAAUCCAACUUUGUGUCUAAAAAA